AAAUAAUUCAAUCAAUCAUAAUAAUUCAAUUAUAAUUGAUUCAUUUAUAUCAGCAUUAGGAAUAAGUAAUAAUAAUGAUCAUAAUGAUCCUUAUGAGAAUGAUCCUCAUGGGAAUGAUUCUCAUGAGAAGGAUCGAAAUGAUAAUUUAUGGAUAAAAUUGACUUCAACUUAUAAUAAACAGAAUAAUAAAAUUACAUUAACUGGAAAAGAUUUCAUGAAUAGGAAAAAGAUGGAAUCUUUAUCAAACGAAGGAAAACGAACUUCAUUUAUACAAUUAAAACAAAAGAAUAAUUCAAUAGAUGAGAUGUUAAAGAAAAAAUGUUUAAUAGCAAUAUAUGGUGAUGCAUCAUCUGGUGGUCCAUUUCAAUUUUAUUUAGAAAGAAAUGGUUUUGAAAGACAAAAUCGUAUACUUGGAUUUUUACAAUCUGUAUAUGAUUAUUCUAGACAAAAUUUAAGUUUAAUGGCUAAUCGUUUUACUAAACUAACAAAAAUUUGGUAUAUUGUUAAUAAUUAUCUAAGAUCAAAUAGUCGUUGGAGUAUAGAUAUUGACCCAUCAUUAGUGAAAUCAAUCAUUGAAGUUAUUCAAGCCAAAAAAGAUACAACUCCUGUUCAAAUAUUUGAUACAGUGAAGAAUAUUUGUUUAAAUGAAAUCUAUCCAUUUUGGAUUGAAUAUAUGAAAUUUGAUGCUUUUCAAUUUGUUUAUGCUGCGCAUAAAAGUAAAAGUGAAGAUUAUAUGAUACCUAAAUCACCGAAUGAUUUUGAUGUACUCUUGGAUGAGAAUUCUAAUUUAAUAGUACGACGUAAACCAAUAGAAAUUCCAUCAAAAAGUACAUCAUCUGAUCAAUUGAAACGUUCACAUAGUUGGGAUCAUUUAACACCUUCGGAAAAAGAAGAACGUAUUCGAAUGAAAUUAGAACAAGUUAGAAUAACUGAGAAAGAACGAAGAAAAGCUGUUCUAGCUGCACGAAAACGUCAACGUGAAGCAUUAAAACCUAAAAAACAAGACAGCUCAUUAUCAGGAUUGGUUAAAUUAACUGAGUCUGAUGAAGAAGCUCGAUUAAUAAAACAAACAGAAAAUCAAUUAGAACCACAAAUAAGAAGAAUAUCAAAUCAAGUAUUCAAUUUGAAAUCUAUGCUUGAUAAUAAAUUAUUAAUUUCAAUGUUUGAAGAAUGGCUUAAAACAUUGGACAAAUCAGAAUUCAAUGAUAAUUCAUCAAAUAAUUUAGCAUUUAUUUUAGAAGUAAAUCAAUAUUUAACAAUAAGCAAAAAUCAAUUAAAUAUGGAAAAACUUAAACAUCGAAUUGAUAAAGCAAAUUAUAUUUAUAAUAAUUAUCUAAGUACAUCAUGUGAAAAGCCAAUAGAAUUGCCAGAAAAAUUUAUCAAACGAUUAGAUCAAGAAAAAGAUCGUCCAACAUCAGCUACAUUGAAAGGCCUCCGAGAUCAUCAUUUAAACAAUCUUUAUUCCUUGUUUAAUGAAUUUUUAAAUGUAACAGCUAAAAAGCUUGGUUUAUCAGUAACUCAACUUUGUCAAAUGCCUGAAAUUGAAUUAGCUCCAUUAGUUAUCACUCCGAAAACACUUAAUCGGGCUACAGAAUCAAAACAGAAAUUUUCUAUUAAAAUGAGGCCAAUGUUAGAAGAUAAAGAAGAAUUAUCAAAAUUAUUAAAACGUGCAGCUUUUCAACCGCCUGAUUUUAAAUUAAUACUAUUCUAUCAAUAUCUAGUUGAUUAUGGAUUCAAAGAAAAUUGUCCGUUAAUUGAUCAAGAUUUAAUAUUUCAUAUUGAAAUUUUACGUUUUGAAGAACUUCAUCGUGGUCAUGUUGAACAUAGUUUAAUAAGGAAAAAGGUUUUAUGUAUUUUACAAACAUUUCUAGAAUCUGUUUUUCCACCACAAAUUCAAAUCGGCCUACCAAAUGAAGUUAUUAAUCGAUUAGUUGGAAGAAUACAUCGUCAAACCGAUCAUAAAGGUCCUAUAAGUUUAAAUUUAUUUGACGAAGCAGUUAGGUUAACUUUCAAUGAAAUUCUACCAUUUUGGGCUGGAUUCAAAAGAAAUAUUUUAUGUAAAUCAGGCAGCACACAAUCACGAAUCCAGUCAACAAUAAAAUCAGACUAUCAGCAAAUACAUGGAACACCUUGGUUGUCUAGUCCAUUGACUUACAAGUAUCAUCAGGUAUUAGAAGACCGUUUAAAAGCACAUCAAGAUUGGAAGCUACCGUCAACAGAAAUACAACUUCCCAAUAUGCCACAUGAUAAGGAGGCAAAUUCUUUCACUUAUUCAAUACGAAAAGGUGUAGAUUGGCAAAAUGUUGGACACUAACCAUCUAAUAUAUCACAUUGUUUUACUUGAAUCAUGUUAGCAAAUUAGAUUAUCAGAAUUACGCUUAAAAUCCUUUUAUACAACUGACAUUUUUAUAAACAGUUAUAUUACACUUAAUUAUAAUAAAGAGAUAAUUCGACUAAGAAAAUCUCCUUUUCGACGAAAUCAUUUAC